AUAACGCAUCAUCACAUUUUGGCUUGUAAAAAUGAUGAUCACUAAAACCACGCUAUCUGUGUUUUUAAUUGUUUGCCUUUUGGCUGUUUUUACUCAAGCUAAAUCCAACGUUUAUUCGGAUAUUGAAAUCUUGUCGAUAGAUAGAAGUAUUGAUACCACACAAAAUGUUGUUGUUAGACAUGAAGUGAAAUUAACUAUUCAAAAUGUUGGAUCAUCCGAUGCUAAAUUCUUCUAUUUGGCUUUCCCAAAGGAACUCGCUUUAAAUAAUGUUGCCUAUGUUUCUGCUCGCCAACAAUCUACAACAUUGAAUGUUCCAAAGCAUAAAUUCAAUGAUGAAUUGAACAAGGAUGCUUUGUUCUAUGAAAUUGAACUCGCUUCACCAUUGUCUCCAAAGCAAAAGGUUGAUUUGGUUGUCAAUAUUGCCCUCACCAAUGUUAUUUCUCCAUUCCCAAAGGAAAUCAAACAAGAUGAACACCAAAAGGUUGUUUAUGAGGAUAAUGCCUACUUCUUCACACCAUACAAGGUUAAAUCACAAAUUACCCUUGUCAAACUCGGAACAUCAGCUGUUGAAUCAUACACUAACACUGUUAAGCCUGUUGAAAACAAAGGAAAUGGUAUUCAAUAUGGUCCUUUCCGUGAUGUUGUUCCAUUCACUACUGCUGGUGUUAGAUUGCACUAUGUUAACGAUAGACCAUGUUUUGUUGUUUCCUCAGUUGAAAGAACUGUUGAAAUUUCUCACUGGGGUAAUUUGGCUGUCGAAGAACACUACGAAAUUAAGCACACUGGUGCCAAGUUAGUUGGUCCAUUCUCUAGAUUUGAAUACUCUAAGAAUCCUGGACAAACUUCACCAGCUUCUUUCAGAAAGAUUACUGCUACUUUGCCACUCUUGGCUAAUGAUAUUUACUUUAGAGAUAGAAUUGGUAACAUUUCAUCUUCGGAUAUUCGUGUUUCUGGAAAGAAUCUUGAAGUUGAUUUCCAUCCAAGAUUCCCACUUUUUGGAGGUUGGAAGAUUCGUUUCUAUAUUGGAUACAAUUUACCAAUCAAUGAUUACCUUACUGUUGCCAUGAAUAAUCCAGAAAAGCACAAAUUGAGAUACAAAUUCUCAGUUCCAUUCGAUGCUCCAGUUGAGGAUCUCACUCUUAGAGUUGUUGUUCCAGAAGGUGCUGAUGAUGUUGAAUUCAAAACUUCAUUCCCAAUUGACUCUGAAUCAAAGGAAAAUUUGAAGACCUAUCUCGAUGUUUCUGGUAGAACUGUUUCUGUUAUUAAUAAGAAGAAUGUUGUCCCAGAACACAAUGAAAACUUCCUCCUUUCCUACACUUUUCCAGCUUCUGCUGUUUACUUUGAACCAUUGUUGGUCAUUUCUGCUCUUUUUGGUUUCUGCUUGUUCGUCAUGGUUUAUGUCAGAAUGGAUCUUUCAAUUUCCAAGUCUGAUGAGGAACUUGAAAAUGAACGUGAAACUACUGCACAUGAAUUGACUGAACUCUAUGUUGAAAAAUUCAUUGAAAGAGAUAACUGGUAUCAAGAAGUCGAACAAGCUGUUGCCUCCAAUAAUCAAUCAACUAUCGAAUCUAUUGAUAAGAAGAGACAAGAAUUGAGCGAAAUGAUCAAGAAGGAUAUUGUUACUGAAUUAACAAACUUGAAUGCCAAGUCAAUUGUCCACAUUAAUAAGAUUGAAAAGAGAGAAGCUGAAAAGUUCGACAUUAUUAAGACACUUUCUCAAUUGAAGAAGAAGGAAGGUGAAGAAUGGAAGAAACUUCAAGACAAUUAUGAUAGAAUUACCGACGAAAUUUAUGCCACAGUCGAUAUUUUGAGAGAAUAAAUUAUUAAAAAACUUUUAUAAUUUAUUUAUUAUUUUGUG